AUGUCAAAAUUUGCGAAGGAGGAGGAUGAUGAAACUUCUCACCACGAUACACAGUCAACAAUACAACAACCUCAGCAAAAUUGUUGCAGUAUCGUAGGAGCACUUCUUCAGCUGUGCGGACUUUGUUGCUAUGUUGGCUGCCCACCAUUUCCUGAAAGUAUAGCACGUAAAUUAGCUUUUCAUCCUCCGAAAAAAGGUGUUUCAUAUAGUGUACGUUGUGUUGAAGAACCCGAGAAAGAAAUCUGUGGAGCAGAUCAGUUAGUUGAUAAAGAAUUCAUCAUUGAACCAACACGCAUAGACUUGACCACUGUUUUCGACUAUGAACGUCUGUUAAACCGUGUCAAGCCUUUCGUAGUCCAUACCAGUAGUGGUCACCAUCUGAUAGCGGUACGGUGUUGGCCCAGUCGACAGUCGUUCAACGCUUGCAUGAGGAAGCAGGUCAUCAUUUUCACUCAACCCAAUUCAUCUGAUCUUGGAAGUUUUCUACAACCACGUUAUGUGAAUCUACCUCAGUUAGCAGAAAUUUUCGAGAUGGAAGUCUAUGGUUUUGAUUAUUCAGGUUAUGGUUAUUCCACUGGUAUCGCUUCAGAAAAGAGCAUUUACGCUGAUAUUCGUGCUAUUUACGAAUAUGUUCGUCGAACCAAACCCAACAAAAAGGUCGUUCUACUCGGCUACAGUAUUGGAACAACCGCAGUAGUUGAUCUGGCCUCCACACAUCCUGACGCCCUUGCCGGGGUCAUUUUAGUUGCACCAUUUACAAGUGGAUUACGAUUGCUAGGAAAUCAGCCGAAAAAAGAGAAGACCACCUUCUUUGACAAAUUUGUGUCGUGCGACAAAGUAGCUGAGAUCAGCGUUCCUGUAUUGAUCUGUCACGGUGCACGUGACACGGUUGUUCCGUCCGAGCAUGGAAUUGAACUGCACGAAAAAUUACAAAAACCGGUCACUCCUUUAAUUGUACAUGGUGCUGAUCACCAAUCGAUCCUCAACGGUGCCUAUCCGCAAACGUUUUGCAGAAUUCACAGGUUCCUAAAAACAGAAACUGAGGUUGAACUGACACCGGAGGAACGAAGAAACUUUGUGAUGUUCUGA